AUGUCGACCAAGAGCGAAGAAAAGUUCCCAGUGAACGUUACCCCAAAAUACAUCCCAUUCACCAAGGAUCACGACGGGAUCUUGUCCAAUGGGGAUCCCAAACCACUCGACUUGGCCCAAGAGUUCAAGGACGCCACCGUUGUCGUGACUGCCAUUCCAGGCGCGUUCACCAAGGUCUGCUCCACCAAACACAUUCCAGCCUACAUUGACCACAUUAAGCAGUUCAAGGAAAAGGGCGUCAAGAACAUUAUCGUCUUUGCCACCAACGACCCGUUUGUCCAGGCCUCCUUUGGUAAGGCCUUGGGCUACAAGGACCCAGAGAAUUUCAUUAUUUUUGCUACUGACCCCGAGGGCAAGAUCUCCAAGGAGUUGGGCGACGACUAUGUCUUGGACAUGAGCAAGGCGGGCAUGGGCUUGAGGUUGGAGAGAUAUGCGGCCAUUGUUGUCGAUGGCUACAUCAAGUACUUGGCCAGUGAAUCGGACGGUGACUUUACCGAUAUCUCAAGUCCUGAAAACUUGCUCAAGAGAUUGUCAUGA